AACUGGAAAAUUCUUCAAAGUUCAAUAUUUUAAAACAUAGAUUUUUGAAACUGAGUUGUCAAGGCUCACCCUACAAAAAUCUCAAGUUACGCCAACGUUUAUCUAAUUUUUAUGUUUCAUUUUUAAGAUUGUAGCAGAAUCUAUACAAGUGACGGAGGAGUUAUAGCAAAUUCAGGAUAUCCAAAUGUACGGAAUCCAGAAAUUUUUUGCAAUUUUUCGAUACAGACUACAGUGGAAAAAACUAUUUCCCUCUAUUUUUACCGUUUCAACAUGUUUGAAUGUUCUAAAUUCUUUUUCAAAGUAUAUGAUGGGCUCAAUAAUAGUGCACCUCUACUGAUGAAUCAGUGUCAUACCUUCAUGCCUCCUGAUCCUGUGUUUUCCACUGGAAAUUCAUUAUACUUUGAAGCAAAUAUGACAAAUGGUCUUGGAUUAUUUUAUAUGAACUAUAUGACAACAGAUCAGUGAUAUACCAGCAGAACAUAACUCCAGGAGCAAUAAUGUUAUGAUUAAGUUAGUAACAAACAGCACAAAUACUGGAUCAGGUUUCCUGAUUCACUUCAAGAGCAAUAGUUAUUUUUCAUCAUCAAUGACACCAUUGAUUCAGCGUGAAGAUGGUAUGGAUAGUGACGACGCAUACUUUUUGAUGACUCCCCAAAGUUACCAGGAGACAUCUGGUUAUCGUCCUCGUCAUGGCUGA